GACAAUGAUCAAGUUACACAAACAUAAAUAUUUGAUUGUUUGGCGUUCUAUGAAAAAAAUUGGCGAUUGUUUUCGUACAAGAGCUAAUUUGUAUACAACCUCGAUUAAAGAUAGAACAAUGGAUAAAAUUUCUCUGAGCGCUGAAAGAAUUGUCGGUUAUCAGACUAACUUGCUUCGCUGUCUUUUGAGUGAUGAGAUAUCUAGUGUCUUGGUGCAAAGUAAGAAAUUGGUAGGAUCAAGACAUCCCCUGUUAAAGACAGCGAGAAACUUUAUCUAUGACCGUGACGAGGGCUUAAAUUCUAUUGGGUUGAUAGUGUUAUUAAUUUCUCGAAGUGCGGAGAACUUAAUAAGGGGAUUUGAACCCUCUCCCCUGGGUCAAAAUCAUGUCAGUGGUGUACAGGAAAAACAACGCAAAUUAGCUGAAGUUGCUGAAAUGAUUAACACAGGGUAUGCAAUUCAUUUAGGUAUGGUGAAUAGCAGUCAGUUUCGAUCAUCAGAUGACAUAAAAACCAUGAACUUUGGCAACAAAAUUACUGUAUUAUCUGGCGAUUUUUUCCUAGCCAAAGCAUCCGUUGGACUAUCAGAGCUAGAGAACUCUAAAGUUGUAGAAAUUAUGGCAGAAAUUCUUAGUGAUAUUGUUGAAGGAGAAACAAUGAAAGACUAUAAACGUUUAAAUGAAACAAGCUUACAUGAUAUGAAUCAUCUUAUUUUUAAAUCUUCUGGUAGUCUACUUGCCAAGAGCUGCCUAUGUUCCCUCAUGUUAUGCCAAGUACCAAAAAAGCAACAAGAUGCGGCAUUUCAGUUUGGUAAAAAUUUAGCUUUCCUGCAGCAAAUACGCAAAGACUAUGAAGAGAUAAACACAAAACUUGAACAUAUUUCACUUCAGAACAUAUUUAUUGUGCAAAACAAACACUUAUUACCAUCAAAUGUUCAAGAGAAUCCUUUAAACACCAUAAUAACCAUAGACAGCAGCAUACAUAGAGACAAUAUGGACAUAAAAGGUGUUCUCAAACAUGCACAUGACUGUGGGGCUGCAGCUUUAGAUGGUCUUGAACAAUUUCCUCAAUCUGAAGCUAAAAGUUGUUUACAAAAUUUUGUACAACACUUGAUGCUUUUUAAAAUAUAAACAGUACAUUUUGGUUGUUAUUGCUCAAUUCACAUUUAAACAAAAUACAACAUUUAAAUACUUGGUGAAA